UUUCGCUUGCCCCGCUCGACGGAAUCCGGAAGUGGACUUCCCUGGUUUUCCUUGCACGCUUGAAAGUUGGAAGGUGACGAGUGGUCAUCGAGGAAGAAAUCCUGGAAGAAAACGUUUUCUUUAAAGCUCGAUAUUGAAGUGCUCGGCUUCCAUUCCGGUUCUGGAAUGAUGAUUUUCUUGCUAGGGCUCUUUGUGUGAGCUUAAGUCCGAUUUCGAGUUUCGAUUCUGAAGGAUUGGACGCUAGACGACGAUUCAAGAGGUUUCUAGGUUUGUUUUCUUCAUCGUUUGAUUUGGAUUUGUUACGAUCAUGAGGAUCACUGAAGUGGAGGAGGGAAAGUCGGAGAACUGUGAUGAGAAUGAGAUUGUGCCGAUUUGCGCGAAGAGAGUGCUGGUUGGGGCGGGGGCGAGGGUUCUUUUCUACCCGACUCUUCUCUACAACGUCAUCCGCAAUAAGAUUCAGGCAGAGUUUCGUUGGUGGGACGAAGUUGAUCAGUUUCUGCUGCUUGGUGCUGUUCCUUUUCCAAAAGAUGUACUUCUUUUACAACAGCUUGGAGUUCGUGGUGUUGUCACUCUGAAUGAACCAUAUGAGACAUUGGUUCCUUCUUCUCUCUAUAAAGCUCAUGGAAUUGAUCAUCUUGUGAUUCCCACCAGAGAUUACCUUUUUGCUCCUUCAGUUGUAGAUAUCUCCAGGGCUGUGGAUUUCAUUCACAGGAAUGCAUCCUGUGGCGGAAUUACAUAUGUUCAUUGUAAGGCUGGAAGAGGACGUAGUACCACUAUUGUUUUAUGCUAUUUGAUAGAGUAUAAGAACAUGACACCCGCUGAUGCGUUAGAACAUGUUCGAUCAAGAAGGCCUCGAGUGCUGUUGGCUCCAUCGCAGUGGCAGGCUGUUCAAGAAUAUGGAAGGCGCAAAUCAGAGUUUCCAGCACUUCAGAGGUGCACACUGAAAUGCUCUCCAUCAAGUGAUGCUAUUCUGAUAACAGAAGCUGAUAUACAAGGAUAUAACAACACCAGCGAGGAUUGCUCUGAAGGUCAGGCGAUUGCCCUCCAUUGCCCAACAAAAGUUAGGCCAGCUCUGCUUUCGCAGCUCGGUUCGACAAUAGGAGAUGAGGUUCUGAUCACAUAUGAAGAUCUGGAAGGUUAUGACAGCAUUGUCAAUGAAGUUUCUAAAGAUAGGAGCAACGAAAUUGUCUCAAGGCUUUCCUGCUUCUUUUCAACCUUCAGAAUUUCUAGCAGUUGCUCACCCUCUUCUAACAGGCUUCAAGAAGUCCAAGCCUGCUAGCUUUACCUACAGCAGUUUGGUCAGACAUUUCUCUGUCUAUGGAGUUGUUGGAAAGGAAGAGUAUUAAAAGUUCCUUUUUUUUUUUAAGUUGUUGUAUGCUUCAUCGACUAAUAUGGAUUGGGGCAUCUUUGGGAAGUUAAAAUAAAUAAUUGUUAUUAUAACUGUGUUAUGCUUCUUACUCCUGCGGCAUGUUAUGUAAAUCAUGUCAUUAAUUUUGUGUGGGUAGUUUUCAGUUCUAUCUCA